ACAGAAAGAGAGAAGUUUGACUUCUGAUUUUUGCUUUUCCUUUGAAGUGCAGUUCAAAGCAACAGCUGGAAGUGUCUGCUGUCUGGGAUAUUCAGCAAUGGACUACGACUACAACAGCACAGAUGAAGAUGAGUACAUAGUUCAAUUUCCUUGUCAGGAUUUGGACUUUUCAACCAUUACUGGAGCCGUGUUCAUCAUAAUCUUCAUCGUCAGCGUCAUCGGCAAUGGCCUCCUCUUAUGCAUUCUCUUUACUUUUGAACAAUUCUACCUUGUCACAAAAAUCUUCAUCAUAAAUCUUGCUUGUUCUGAUUUGAUCUUCGCUGCCUCAGUCCCCUUCUGGGCUGCCUACCACCUCCAUCACUGGAUCCUGGGGGACUUUCUGUGCAAAUUCUUCAUUUGGGUGCACUUCUCUGGUCUGUACAGUAGCAUCUUUGUACUAACGGCAAUGACAGUGGAUCGUUUUUGUACUGUGGUGCUGAACAUCUGGCCAAACAACAAUCAGAGGAAGAAACGCUGUGCCAUCGGUGCCUGUGUGGUUAUCUGGGUGAUCAGUAUCGGUAUAGCUGUGUAUGAUGCUUUCAAAAUGGAGGUUUCUGAUGAUUACUACUGCGAAGUGUCUUAUUCUGAUGAACUUGGAUAUUAUUUCCAAAUUCCUCUGCUUCUUUUCGUCCCAAUCGCCAUCAUUAUUUUCUGCAAUUGUGCCAUUAUAUAUGCUAUUUUACGGUCAGCAAACAGAACAAGGCACAAAGCUCUAAGUAUAGUCUUUUGCAUUGUUGUGGCCUACAUCAUCUGCUGGGGACCCUACAACAUUGUACUUCUCAUUAAGGACUGGUACAGACCCAGAGACUGUGAAGAAAUGGAGCGGUUGGAUGUUGUCUACCAUAUCUGUCGAAUGCUUGCCUUCUCCCAUUGCUGUAUGAAUCCUCUGCUUUGUAUGCUCACACAAAAGUUUCGAAGUCACCUGUUUUAUCUUUUACGCCACAGAGUCCGUAUCAACAGAGAAAGAGCCACUGACCAGGACAUGGUUCAUGUUCAGAAUGCCAGUCCAGCUCGCAUUCUGGAUUGGCAUCACAAUAGAUAACAAUAGGUAAUCCAAAUAUAUCAGCUUGAAUAAGAGGAACUCUUUUUUUAAAUUUAUACGUGCACAAGUUUACACAAAUUAUAUUUAUGUGGUGCAUCUGAAAAUCAGGACUAAUUAUGAUACACACAUACAGAAAGAAUGGAUAUUUUUUCCACACUGAUUGGAUUGACUCACCACGUUGAAGUGUAAUGUUUCAAGCAUUUUUAAAUUUUAUUUUUUUGGCACCAAAUCUUUUUUUGCAUGUUGGGUCUGUGGAUCAUACAUUUUUAUUUAUUUUUAUUUUUUUUAUUUAUUUUUUUUUUCAAAAUAACAAAAUUCAUUGUGAUGAUUAUGUUAGUCACUUUUGUACGUUCAACUUUGUUAUUUU